AUGCGUUUAUUGAACUGCGCAAAGUCAAUCUCAACUACAUUAAGCCGCAGUUAUAGUAAAAUUAGUUCAGCUGCUAAAAUGGCUACGGAUAUCAAAUUCAAUGCGUCGCUGACCAUUUCGGAUCCGCAGGUGCAACCUGUGCUAAUCAUUGGCCAGCUGCGUCAUCUAAAUCUGCUCAAGUUUGAUCAACUGGCCUGCAAGCUGGAGCCGCGCGUUAGCGAGGAGACCUUCAAGAAUGCCAUAUCCUGCCUGCAUCCAGCGCCGACAGACAAGUCUUCACUCUAUCUCGAUGUGGCCACAGUCGCGGCACUGCCACUAAAAGCAUCGCGUCAUAAUACUUCCUCGCGUGCCCAUGCCAUAACGCGUCUGGUCAAGAACCAUGUGCUCAAUGUCAGCGAGGAGUGCGUGGUGUUGGUUUGCCAGCGGGAGAAUUUAUUUGCCAGCGCUUGUGCCGUAGUGCGCGCCUUUCCGCUUUAUUCACGCAAAACGGGCAGCAUUAAUGGCAGCGGCUCCAAGUCGCCCUGCAAUGCUAGUGGUGAUGGCCAGGCGCCUAUUGUCAACGUGGAGUUCGUUAUUGUGGACAAAGAUGGCGGCAUUGAGACAACGCCGCUGACAGAGCAGGAGCUCCAAUGCUUGGAGGAGACAGCGCGUGGCAUACGCCUCGCUGCUCGCAUUGUGGACAUGCCCUGCAAUGAAAUGAACGUUGAUCACUUUAUACAGAAUGUCUGCGACUUUGCUAAGGAGCUGUCCAUAAAGCCGCAGAUCAUACGCGGCGAUGAGCUGGAGCAGCGCGGCUUUGGUGGCAUCCAUGGCGUUGGCAAGGCAGCCGCAGUGCCGCCAGCUUUGGUGGUGCUCUCGCAUCUGCCCAAGGGCGCACAGGAGACCAUUGCGCUGGUCGGCAAGGGCAUUGUCUACGACACUGGCGGCCUCAGCAUCAAAGGCAAAACCGCCAUGCCCGGCAUGAAGCGAGACUGCGGCGGUGCUGCGGCCAUACUUGGUGCGUUCUAUGCGGCUGUCAAGUGUGGCUUCAAGGAUAACUUGCAUGCGGUCUUUUGUCUGGCCGAGAACUCAGUGGGACCCAAUGCUACGCGUCCCGAUGAUAUUCAUACGCUGUACUCCGGCCGUACUGUGGAGAUCAAUAAUACGGAUGCUGAGGGACGCCUGGUGCUGGCUGAUGGCGUUUGCUAUGCCAACAAGGAUCUCAAGGCUAACAUUAUUCUCGAUAUGGCCACAUUGACUGGCGCUCAAGGCGUUGCAACAGGCAAAUAUCAUGGCGCCAUAUUGACAAACUCGGAGAGCUGGGAGGCAAAGGCCUUGCAGGCUGGACGCAAAUCCGGCGAUUUAUUGGCGCCCAUUAUUUAUUGCCCUGAACUGCAUUUCUCGGAAUUUGCAUCGGCCGUUGCUGAUAUGAAAAACUCUGUGGCGGAUCGCUCGAAUGCGCAGUCCUCAUGCGCCGGCAUCUUUGUGGCUGCUCAUUUGGGCUUUGAUUAUCCCGGCGUAUGGAUGCAUGUCGAUAUGGCCAUGCCCGUGAAUUGUGGUGAACGUGCCACGGGCUAUGGUGUGGCAUUGCUGCUCACACUUUUUGGCAGCUAUACAAAGUGUGCGCUGUUGCAGUCGAUUGCACCCGUUGAUGAGGAGCCGCCAUCGAAGCGCAUUUGCCGUGAUUAGCGCUCAAGCUGAGCUGAGCUGCGUUUUGUUCUGCAUUUCACACACACACACACACAGAGACACACACACAUACACACACGUUUAUUAAUGCGCAUGCAUGCGUGCGUACAAUAUUUUUAUGAAAUAAGUUCAAAUGCCAUUUACAAUUAGCUGCCAGGCAAUGAAAAUAAAUGAAAUCGUAUUAACUGA